GCUGUUCAUAUGCUACAGGAAACUGAAACUCCAUGAAUGCAAUUUCAAUCGGACUUCCAUUUUCGCCGAUCACAAAUCCGCCAUGGCGUGACACCACCUCCGAUCGCACUUCCUAUCUUACUUCACUCGCUUUACCAGUUCAAUUCACUCGUUCACAAUCUUGCUUUCUACUCAGACAACGCAACCACCGGAGGCUCCUUCUCGCCCAGUCAACCAUGUCGUCUUCCGGCGAGAUCCUGCAAUCGAAUCCAUCUCAGCGGAUAGAACUAAGAACGGAGUCCGAUUUCGAGCAAAUUGUUUCUCCCGAUGAGACGCUGUCUAUCUGUGGCUUCGGUUCCCUGCUCUCUGAGCGGAGUGCCAGGAGUACAUUUCCCGAUCUGAUCAACUUCAGAGUUGCAAAAUUGAACGGCUUUAGACGAGUUUUUGCUCAUGUUGCUCCCAUUUUCUUCGAGCGUGGAAUUGCCAAGCCUGAGACUAAGGAAGUUUCAAGCUUGAGUGUGGAGCCAUGUGAAGGUGAAUCACUUAUAGUUACUGUUUUUGAGAUAAAAAAGUCAGAGAUUCCAUCCUACAUUGAGAGGGAGCACGAGUUCCGUUUUUUAGCUGUCCAUCCUGAAACAUUAGAAGGCAACCAGUAUGCUAUGCCCGCUGUACUCUGUGCUCGAUAUAGUGAUGAGGAAUAUUUCCAGAAUAGAUGCAAAGGAAGCCAAGAGAUAUACCACGAGCGGUAUGGACGAUUUGGCAUCGAGAAGAUCUGGCAAGAUGAUGUGUUGCCUUGUCGAACAUAUUGUCGCCAUUGCGUGUUGGCGGCAAAGAAUCUUGGUGAUGAAGCAUAUGCAAACUUCUUGGAUCAUACGUAUCUUGCGGACCGUAAAACGACCCUUCGGAAAUACUUGGCGACGGCCGGUUCUGGUUUAAUGGAAGAAGAACCGCCAGAGCUGCUCAAGGUUCGAUAUGGUGGCUAACGCUGACAUCUCAUCAAACCAUCUGUAGCAGCAAGUAUACCAACUUAAAACCAAUUGUGUUACGCAACAAUGGUGUAGUAGCAAAGUUUGGUAUUAUUCCUUGGAGAUCCAACAAAGUGAGACCUAAAUUUUAGCAUCUUACAAAGACAAUUAUAGCAUUUGAGAUAUUUUACAAAGACAAAUUUGAGAUAUUUAACGAAUAUCUUUCUUAAACUUUAAAAACUUAGAUUUAAUCUCA